CAUCAGACGAUCACACAACGCUAAACUACCAACAACAUGAAGUUCUUCGUGGUUGCCGCCCUGCUGGCCGUUGCCGCCGCCGACAACGCGCCCUACACCACUCCGGCGCCCACCUACGCCCCGACCUACAAGCCCACCUACGCGCCCAGGCCCGCCUACCACCCCCAGCCGGCCUACAAGCCCGCUCCCUACAAGCAGGAGAGCUACGACCAGCCGCCCAAGUACGACUUCAGCUACGACGUCCACGGAUACGGAGACUACGAGCCCGUCUUCAACGCCCAGGAGGCGCGUGACGGCUACGCCACCCAGGGAUCUUACUCGGUUGUGCUGCCCGACGGCCGUACCCAGACGGUCACCUACCGUGUGGAUGACGCCUACUCUGGCCUGAUUGCUGACGUCACCUACGAGGGUGAGGCCCGCUACGACGAGUACAAGCCCAGCUACAAGCCCGCCCCGGCCUACAAGCCCGCCCCGGCCUACAAGCCCGCCCCGGCUUACAAGCCCGCCCCGGCCUACAAGCCCGCCCCGGCCUACAAGCCCGCCCCGGCUUACAAGCCCGCCCCGGCUUACAAGCCCGCCCCGGCCUACAAGCCCGCCCCGGCUUACAAGCCCGCCCCUACCUACAAGCCCGCCCCUACCUACAAGCCCACCCCCGCCUACAACUAGAGCCAAGUCAAUAUUGAGCUUACUUUAAUGUUUGCCAACGCGUGCAGUGUCUCUUAUGUAUGCCUGUGUAUUUAUUGAAAAGCGAAUGCGAGUCAAUAAAAAACAAAUGAUUACAA